AUUCAUUCAUAUCUUACACUAAAAGCAGGCGGCGGCAAAACGGCGCGUUUCCUACAGUGAAACAGUAAUCCACAUCGUCCAUAUUUCAGGAAAGGACGUAGAGGCUCUUUGACUCUGUGAGGCAGUGACAGUGUGCAGUCAGCAUGGCAGAAGCUCAUCAGGCGGUGGCCUUCCAGUUCACCGUCACUCCUGAUGGCAUCGACCUGCAUCUGUGCCACGAGGCCUUGCGCCAGGUCUACCUGUCAGGCCUUCACUCCUGGAAGAAGAGGUUCAUCAGGUUUAAGAAUGGUGUGAUGACUGGGGUCUAUCCUGGAAGUCCUUCAGGGCUCCUGGUUGUUCUGGUGGGUUAUAUGUCCUCCACCAAAUAUGCAAAAAUAGACCCCUCCCUUGGGAUAUUCACUAAACUAUCGACACACCUACCAAUCAGUAAGUACGUAACAGAAGAAGGGCAGCGUAUUGUUGGUGGUGUGCUGGUUGGGACUGGAUUGUGGAUUACUGUGACUUUCGUUAUGAGGAACAUCCUUAAGUGCUUGCUGUCCUGGCAUGGCUGGAUGUUCAGUCGCCAUGGAUCUUUAUCCCUGAAAACAAAGGUUUGGCUGGUAUUGGUGAAGUUAUUUUCUGGGCAAAAGCCAAUGCUCUACAGCUUCCAGAGUUCACUGCCGCGGUUGCCAGUGCCUCUCGUAAAAGACACCGUCAGAAGAUAUCUUGAGUCAGCUCGUCCUCUGAUGGACGACGAACAGUACGAACGUAUGGAGGGAUUGGCAAAGGACUUUGAGAAGAACUUGGGCCCCAAACUGCAGUGGUACUUGAAGCUCAAAUCCUGGUGGACAUCCAAUUACGUCAGUGACUGGUGGGAAGAGUAUAUUUACCUCAGAGGUCGAGGACCAAUCAUGGUCAACAGCAACUACUAUGCAAUGGACUUCCUCUAUGUGAUCCCGACUUCCCUCCAAGCUGCCCGUGCUGGUAAUUCCAUCCACUUACUCAUGAUGUACAGAAGAAAACUGGACAGAGCACAGAUCAAACCAUUAUUCUUGCUGGAGAACCGAGUGCCGCUGUGCUCGGCACAGUGGGAGCGGAUGUUUAACUCGUCCCGCAUUCCCGGGCUUGAGACAGACGUCCUUCAGCAUGUGAACGAGAGCAAACACAUCGCCGUGUUCCACAAGGGCCGCUUUUACAAGGUGUGGAUGUUUUACGACGGGCGGCUGCUGUUGCCUCGAGAAAUUGAGCAGCAGAUUGAGAGGAUCUUGAUGGACAAGUCCGAGCCUCAGCCAGGAGAGGAGAAGCUGGCCGCUUUGACAGCGGGCGACAGAGAUCCCUGGGCCAAAGCCCGCACACAGUUCUUCAGUCGCGGGAAGAACAAGCAGUCUCUGGAUGCGGUGGAGAAGGCCGCUUUCUUUGUCACUCUGGACGACAGCGAACAGCGCUUUGAGCCGGACAAUCCGGUCCAGUCGCUGGACAGAUACGGCAAAUCUCUGCUGCAUGGAAAGUGUUAUGACAGAUGGUUCGACAAGUCUUUCAACCUUAUUGUGUUCAAGAACGGCGCUAUGGGAUUGAAUGCAGAACACUCCUGGGCCGAUGCUCCCGUCGUUGGCCAUUUGUGGGAGCAUGUCUUGUCAUCGGAUCCAGUGCGACUGGGCUAUAGUGAGGAUGGACACUGCAAAGGAAACCCCCACCCCAACCUCCCGGGACCCCAGAGACUGCAGUGGGACAUCCCAGAGGAGUGCCAGACAGUGAUCGACAGCUCUCUGAAAGUGGCCCAAACUCUGGCGGACGACGUGGACAUGCACAUAUUCCCCUUCAGCGACUUUGGCAAAGGCCUGAUCAAGAAAUGCAAGACAAGCCCUGACGGCUUUAUUCAGAUCGCCCUCCAGCUGGCACACUUCAGAGAUAAAGGCAAGUUCUGCCUGACGUACGAAGCGUCCAUGACGCGUCUGUUCAGAGAGGGCCGCACUGAGACCGUGCGCUCCUGCACCACUCAGACCUGCGACUUCGUCCGAGCCAUGAUGAAUGACAAAGCGACGAGAGAAGAGAAGUUGACGCUGCUGAAAGCGGCAGCAGAAAAGCACCAGGAUAUGUACAGACUGGCCAUGACAGGAAACGGCAUCGACCGCCAUCUUUUCUGCCUCUACUUAGUGUCCAAGUACCUCGGCGAAGAUUCAGCGUUCCUCAAAGAGGUGUUGUCCGAGCCCUGGAGGUUGUCCACCAGUCAGACUCCUCUCCAACAGGUCGAUCUGUUUGAUUUAAAGAGACAUCCAGAAUAUGUCACCAGCGGAGGUGGAUUUGGACCGGUUGCUGAUGAUGGUUAUGGUGUAUCAUAUAUUAUUCUUGGAGAAGACCUCAUCAACUUCCACAUAUCCAGCAAACACUCUAGCCCAGAGACUGAUUCUCACCGCUUUGGAAGUAUCAUUAAACAGGCGAUGCUUGAAAUCCUGGAGCUUUUCCAGCUUGACAACAAAACUAAAGACAAGUGAUCUGUCUCUUCUCGUUGUCUCAUCUCUGAAAAAGGGAAAUCAUUUUAAAAUAUUUGAAACAGAGGGCUGAUCCUCCUUAGGCAUGUACAGAGUAAUUGUUGGUUUUAAUUUAAAUUAUGAUUCAAAGAAUGGUAAUUUAAAUAAGAUGGAGCAUGUUAUCUGGGCAUUUGGUUAAACUGCAUUGCAUUGUUUUCGAGUGUAAAUGACGAGAAAUUACAUUGUGGUUGGGGAGUUCACAGAUCGUACGAGAUAUUUUUGUUUGUUCUGGGAUGUAUUCAUACACAGUUGCCUUAAUCUCUGGAAUGGAUGUGAAUGUGCUUGAAGAUCCAGCAGAGAGCUGUUGCCUUUCUGUGCUGCUGUACAUUCAGAUUUUCACUUUUGCUCUUUCGUUCAAACAUUGAAAUAGGUUUUUUUGGGGUUUUUUUCAGAUGAAUUUCUCAGGUUUGCAACUAAUUUAUUCACUUUGUUGUGAGUUGAAUUGUUUCUGAAGGAACACUGUGGCAGGUUACAGGGAAGAUAUACAGGGAAGACAUGCCAGAUAUUUCAAUAAUAUAGGGCAACAAUACAUAUUUUUCUGUCACUUGUGUUUUUGUAUUUGCACAUGCUCAAAAAUAACUUAUUUAUAGGACUCACAACACUCAAACCACACUCCACAUAAUGUAAGAACGUAGCUCGCUGUAUGUUCACACUAUGUUUUUUUUUUUUUUG